AGACGACAUACUUGUGAUCACGUUCUUCUGCUUCCACCUAUUAGUUGAUCCAAAUGCUUUAACUUUCCUGGAUAAUGAUCGCUUUAUCAUGAAGCGUUAUCUAGAUAUUUAAAUAUGCAGAUAGAGCAUCAUUGUAAUGAAGAGCUGGAAACAGCCGGCGGUGCGGCUGGAAUCGGCUGUAACCGAUGCGGCCACUCUGCAAUUGCGGUCAAGGCCCAGUCCCCGAUGCCGGGCUUUAGCCAACGAAUUGCCCUCGCAUCACGUACUUGAAACAUAUGCGACUGAUGGCGUCUUUCCAUUGCCGCGGCGCAACCGAAGCACCUCGUUGCGGUCGUCGCAGCAGCCGCCGUGGGGUGCCUCCUUGGCCCAGGCUGUUUGUCAGCAUGGAGGAGCGCAACCGUCAUUGGCGCCCUCGCCUAUCGCAAUGAACGACGAGGGGCCGAGCGGCCUACCUGGCUCGCACCCACGUGUCCUACUCCCUCCAAUUCAGCUGGUGCAGGACAACGGCAACAGUGCCGCGCCGGGGCGUCCAGAUCCCAGCCGUGAAGCCGGUGCUGCUGUCGGCAGUGAGGGCGAGGCGGAGGUUGAGGAAGGGCCCUACGCGGGCCAGCAUGCCGUACAACGGCGGCUGGGGCGCCGGCGGGAGCAGACCCUGUUGGUUGGACAUUGUGAGGGUGUGUUGCAUGGUGAAGAUGUAUCCGCGCCGGCAGCGCUCGGCAGCCGGUCGCAGCAGCCACCGCACGUAAUCUCGCAUCAGCAGCGGCAGCCGCAGCACCUGCAGGGGGGGAACCGGCAGCCGCCUCCUCCUCCUCCCUCCCCUCCCCAUCACCAACAGGCGCCAACCCCGCUGUGCCCUCCAGAUCACCUUCCCCAGCAGCAGCAGCAGCAGCUCCAACUUAAGGACCAACGACAACUUGCACUGCGGCAAAGACGACAUCAGCGGCGGUUACAGCGGAAGUACAGCACUGCGCUCAUCCACGUACGGCACUGCCUGGCUCGGGCGCUCGCUGCCGCCCCCGACCCG